GUUCAAAUUUUAUAAGAGAAACCCCUAAUUAAACCCAAAACCCUAAUAAUAUCUCAAAAUUUCCCCCAAAAAAGAAAAAUCGAAAAAAAUAAAUUAAUAAUGAAUCACAUAGAUGCAGCAGAAGAAAGAAUUGUAUCAGAAAGAUUGAGACAAAAGCUUAAUGAAGUUAAUGCUGCUGCUCAAGCCCAGCUCUCUGUUGUUCAAGAUCAUGUCAACUUCACUCUUCAGAAAGCGUACUUUAAAUGUGCGUAUGAGUGUUUUGAUAGAAGGAGAAAGCAAGAUGAUAUAAGUGCGUGUGUUGAGAAUUGUAGUGUUCCUGUUCUUCAAGCUCAGAAUCUCGUUGAAGGUGAAAUGGCUAAGUUUCAGGAACGAUUGAACCGGUCACUUAUGGUAUGCCGAGACAAAUUUGAAUCUGCAAAGCUCCAAAAUAUUAAAACAAAUGCGGCACAGGAUAUGGAGUCAUGUGUUAACCAGGCAAUUGAUGAAAACGUGAGGGCAUUGCCACAUUUGGUAGAAAAGUUGAAGGCUUCUCUUGCCAUCAGUCCUACAGAAGAGUAAAAUUGCAUGCCUUUUUAGUAGUUCGUAGAAUGCAUUGUUAUGCAGGCUAACCUCCAUAUGCUAGUUUAUAUCGACUUGAACAGAAUGGUUUGCUGUCAUAUUGUUGUUGAGCAGUAUGCCCGGCAUUAAAAAUUUAUAUGUUGGAGCUGAAAUAAUUGAGCAACUUUUAGUCUUG